AUGGAUAGACCAAAUGUAGCACGAAAUUUUAGCAAUACCUCAACUAUGAAAUCUCCAUCAACAUCUGACUUUACUGUGAUUUCAGAUCAAGAACUCAGCCAUUUCCAAAAAAUGAGUAAAUUCUAAGCAGUCUCUGAUUCAGAAAAAAUUAAAGAGCUUUGGAGGAAGUUCAGAGAAGGCUCAAACUCCAAAAAUGGGAAAAUCGCCAAAGACACCUUUAUCACAUUGGUGAAAAAGCAUUUUAAGCUCUUAAAUGACAACAUUCCCAGCCUUUUAUUCAGAAGUAAUCAUCAUUUAGGAUUUGGGAUAAGACGUUACACAGAAAAAGGCCAGACUGAAGUUUUAGAUAACAAAAUAGAAUUGCAUGAUAUUAUACUAGCAUUAACUUUACUAUCAAGAAUGACGUAUGAGAAAAAGCUUGAGCUGGUAUUUGAUUUAACUGAUGUAGAUGAAGAUGGAUGUUUAUAACACUUUCCCUUGAAUAGCCCGAUAACGGCUGGCUUCAUCCCGUUAUCGGGCUAUCAAGGGAAAGAGUUAUAUCCCCAGACGAAAUCUUUAGGAUGAUUGAAGGUAUUGAAAGAGUUUUUGCCAAAGAAAAUUCUGAUAUAAAGCUGGACAGUCGAAUUCUUCAAGAAGAACUGAGUAGGGAAAAAGCAAUCAGAAAAUAUGAUUGGGCUAUGAAAAGCGUAGGGCAGCUUGAAUCUCGGUGCAUGAAAGAAGACGGGCUCGUUACUUUUCAAGAAUUCAAUGAAGUCCUAGUCAAAAUGCCUUUGCUGAGAAGCCAAUUUUUGCCGAGAUAUACAGAUCUAAAAUCAGUUUUAAGAAACGCUUAUAUGGAGCCUGCUUUAGAAGUUUCUGAUGAAAGACUUGAAGAUUUUUUGGUUUUUCGCUAUGAAAUGCAGGCUCUUUUUUCAGACAGCGUAAAAUCUGCAAGAAAAAAGAUUAGAUUAGAUUAAUUAGUUUGAGCGGGUCACGGAGGUUUAUUUCAGCCUCUACCCAGCGCUGCCAGCUUCAGGCUUGCGCCCUAUGCACCGGCUCUGUUGCUCACUCCAUUUUCUGUCGACGUCACCAAAAAAUGGUGACGUCGCCAUCUGACAGGGAGACUCACCCAGGUACUCCUUUGAUCAGGGUCUAGUGACCCGGCGCCGUCCUUUCUGGGGAGGGGGAAAAGUAGCCUUCGGAGUCUUCUUCAGGUCCCCAAGCUCCACUACAAGCUUCCUCCUUCCUUCUAGUCCUGAAGUGUGACUCCUGAUUCUGCGGCUCUGGUCUUCUCGUCUUUGUGAGAGGCAAAAAACCUUGUCGUGGUGUCCCGACCAAGGUAAAAAACCCACCCUGGACACAAUAUCCAGGCCCCGUUUACUUCUUAGACCCGUAUUCCAAGAGGGUACGGGAGAAGGACGGGUCGGAUGGCUCGCCAUUUUAAUUGUGUCGCAAGAAAAAGAAGAUGAAGAGAAUUGGCAGAAACCCAAGACGCUAUUGAAAGGCUGCCUUCAAUUCAAAAACCAUCAAAAAUCAAAGCACAGCCUGAUUAUGUCCACAAAGAAUGCCCUGGACUUGUGAGAACUAGUGAAAAUAGAGAUAUUGCGCUGCCUCCUGGUGUGUGGGAAUACAACUCAAUGGGAAAUAAAGUGUAUGUCAGAGAAAGCAAUAUUAAGGGCAAAGUCGAGGUAAAACAAGUAGACCGAGAUAAAGCACUAGCAAUGAUAAUUCCUGAAAGACCUGUCAAAAAAGCAUUGGAGGCGCUUAAAAGGCAGCAUGAAAAUGAGCAUACUAGGAAUGAGGAUGAAGAAGCAGUUAGUUGCGAGGCUCUCAUUUCAAAAGUUAAUGCACAGGUGGAUGAUACUAAAAGAAAAAAGAAAGAAAUUCAGCCUUAUAUUGUAAUUCAUCCAAAUACGAACCCAAAUAAGGUUUUAAGGGAGCUAAAAUAA